CAUUUUGUGGUGCCGGCGGUUAAGGUAUAACGGAACAGACGACUCGCGCGCGUGCUGUUCUGGCCUCUAGCCUCUAAACCCACAUCUCGUAUUCUUUCUGCCGUGUCGUUGUGGCUCCCCAGGUUUUGUCGGCCGGCUUGUCUUCUAAGUUUGUAACCUGCAACGGAGGUGCUGUUAAUCGAAAUCAAUGGCUAUGACGGAGACCAAGAAUGGCAAAGAGGUGAUCCGAUUGGAGCGCGAGUCUGUAAUUCCAAUCCUCAAGCCUAAGCUUAUCAUGACUCUUGCCGAUCUCAUUGAACAUUCUUCUGACCGUGCUGAAUUUUUGAAGCUCUGCAAAAGGGUUGAGUACACAAUUCGUGCCUGGUAUCUCUUGCAGUUCGAGGAUCUCAUGCAACUCUACUCCUUAUUUGAUCCUGUGUAUGGCGCUCAAAAACUGGAACAGCAGAACUUGAAUUCAGAUGAAAUUGACAUUCUUGAACAGAAUUUCUUGACUUACUUAUUUCAGAUAAUGGAUAAAAGCAACUUUAAAAUAGCAACUGAUGAGGAGAUUGAGGUUGCACAGUCCGGGCAGUAUCUUCUAAAUCUUCCCAUCACAGUUGAUGAAUCUAAGCUUGACAAAAAAAUUUUGAAGAAGUACUUUGCGGAGCAUCCUGCGGAAAAUCUGCCUGAAUUUGCUGAUAAGUAUGUAAUCUUCCGACGAGGAAUUGGUAUUGACAGGACAACUGAUUACUUUUUCAUGGAAAAAGUUGACAUGCUGAUUGCACGCUUGUGGGGUUGGCUUUUGAAAAAAACAAGGUUAGAUGCAUUGUUUAGGAGAUCAAAGAGAUCAAGGAGACGACAAAGAGAAGACCCAAAAAAAGAUGAUGAAAUCAUUGAUGAUACUGUGGAUGAGGACUUAUAUGUUGAACGCAUCCGUAUCGAGAAUCUGGAAAUCAGUUUCCGUAAACUCCUUAGCAAGAUUACAAUUCAAGAACCAACUUUUGAUAGGAUAAUUGUUGUUUACAGACUAGCAAGUCCUAAAACAAAAUCAGAACGAGGAAUAUAUGUGAAGCAUUUCAAGAACAUUCCUAUGGCUGACAUGGAGAUUGUCCUGCCGGAGAAAAAGAAUCCAAGUCUCACUCCAAUGGAUUGGGUCAAAUUCCUGGCUUCUGCUGUUGUUGGGCUGGUAGCAGUUGUGGGUUCAGUUGAAUUGCCAAAAGCUGAUCUUUGGGUCAUGUUUGCUAUUCUCUCCACUGUGAUUGGAUAUAUUGCAAAGACAUACUUCACAUUCCAACAAAACAUGGCUACAUAUCAGAACCUCAUUACACAGUCGAUGUAUGACAAACAACUAGACAGUGGAAGGGGCACUCUACUCCACUUGUGUGAUGACGUGAUUCAACAAGAAGUAAAGGAGGUUAUAAUCUCAUUCUUCAUAUUGAUGGAGCAGGGGAAAGCUACCUUGCAGGAUCUUGACCUGCGCUGUGAAGAACUAAUAAAAGAGGAAUUUGGUGUAAGCUGCAACUUUGAUGUAGAUGAUGCGGUUCAAAAGUUAGAGAAGUUGGGCAUUAUUACUCGGGAUACAAUUGGAAGGUACUUCUGUGUAGGUCUUAAGCGAGCUAAUGAGAUUAUUGGGACUACUACAGAAGAGCUUGUCCUCAAAGCCAAACAGGGAACCAUUGCUUCUUCUUAAAUCUUGAUGAUGUAUAGUCAGUCAGUGGUCUACUACUACUGGAGAGAAGAGAUAAGAAGACCUCCCUCCCUCCCUCCUAUUUCAAGUGUUUAGGCAAAUUUGAGGAUCCGAAUCACAGAAGAGAUAAUGGAUUGAAUAAUAACGUGUGUUUGCUCUGUACUGUACUUUCUGUGUCAGCUUUAGCUUUUUCUUUGCCACUUCAAUCUGUAAAA